AUGUUUUUUAAGAAAAUCUUACGUAAAAAAAAUAUCAAAAAGCUGGAUUAUAAUCCUGAAUUCAGAAUAACUAUUUUAACUGACUUGCUCCAAACAGCAAAAACUGUUGGUGUGACAGAAGUGAAGGAUGAAGAUUUUUUAAAGGGCAUUGCUCAGAAUGCCGUACAACUUGAAUCAGCUUUAUCAAACCGUAAGCGUAAGGCAAAUUCAAGCUAUCAAAAACCUAUAUUUGUCGUACAAAAACCGAAUGCAGCAGAUUUUCUUAAGGAAUGCAGAGCUCCUAAAGCAGAUUAUGGAGGAGAUCAGGAGGAUACCAGGUGUGAUCAUACUGAGAAUGCUGAGUUUAAGGUCAGAAUCAAGGAACUAGAAAAUGCCGAGCUUAAAGAAAGAGUAACGAAAUUGGAACAGAGGCAGUUACAGAGUGAUAAUACUCCUAACAACAAUUCAUCUAACUUCAGUUUAGUUGCAGACCAUCAUAGAAAAUCAAUAGAAGAUAAAGAGAUGGAUGAGUUCUUGGAUAAGUCUUAUCGCAUAUUUGAUGAUGCAAAGUUUUAA